UUCCAACGACCCAAACCUCGCCGACUCCCUAAACCUCCCUUCGCCCCCCUCCCUGCCCUGGCCCAUCCCGCUGCCGAGCGCCCCGACGGCCCAACCACGUAGCUUGUCUUCCUCCUCGAGCGAGCGCCGCCACCGCUGCCGAGCGCCCCAGCCCCCUCGCUCGGUCGCUCGUCUUCCUCCUCGUGCGAGCGCCUCCACCGCAGAUAUCUAUCUCCCCUGCAAUUCUCUCGUUCCCGACCGUUUCUCCUCCCAUCACCCCACGAACAGAUCCCGCCCUUUAGCUUCCCGUUGCAUCUCCUUAAUCUUCCCCAAUUCGUAACUGAGGCAAAAAUCAAGGUAGGGCGGCCGCCCUACCUUGCCCUACGGGUCCUCCGCCCUUGGGCCGAGGAAAGGAGCGAAUCCUUCUUUUUGUUUAGUGCUGUUUGGCUUCUGGAGGGGGGGGGGGGGGGGGGUGUUAGGAGCUUCGGUCGGGCUUCAUGGAUUUCUUCAAGAUCAAGAAGUUUGGGAAGGGCUGGAAGGGUGGCAAGGGUGAGGAGGAGAUCGUGGAGUGCGAAGAGGACGUGAGGUCUGGGAAUGUGGCAUCGGAGGGUGACGUCUCGGAGGAGAACCCUGAGGCGGUGGCGGCAGGUGCGGGUGCUGGUGUGGCCAAUGGGGGAUUAGAGGGUGGGGGAGAGGAGGACGACGACGAGGAUGACGAUUUCAUCACGAACGAGGUGAAGCGGAGGCUCAAGGAGAUUAGGAAGAACAACUUCAUGGUGCUCAUCCCCGAGGAGGAGAAUGGUGGCGAGGAGGAUGGGGAAGGGGAGGAGGAGGAAGAGGAAGGGAGUAGCUCGAGGGAGUGGAUGGAGUCGGACGUGGGUCAAGGGUUCCCGUUGUCCGGGUUUGACUCGCUGUACGAUAAGUACUGUCAGAGAAUGGUGGCGUUUGAUAAGAUGCUCACGCAGGUCUUGAAGGAUGCAGGGUCAUUCAACAUCUCAAAAAAGUCACCUAGAUCAGCAUCCAAAUUGGCAUCAACAUUUCGCAGUCUCUCAUUCAAAAAACGGGAUGAGCUCCAGGAGGAUUCUGAGCGUCUUCAGCAACAGCAGAGCGAGGAUGACCCAUACCAAAUACUUGAGACUGCAUAUGUUGCACAGGUUUCCUUAAGCUGGGAGGCUCUUCAUUGUACUUACAUGCACCUGAGUUUGAUACUCGCAGCACAGCCUGAGAACCCCACCACCUAUAGCUGUGCUGCUCAAGCAUUUCAGGAGUUCCAGGUUCUGUUGCAGAGAUUUAUUGAGAAUGAGCCAUUUGAGCAAGGUUCACGAGUUGAAAUAUAUGCACGUUCUCGGGGCUCCUUCUCAAAGUUACUUCAGGUCCCCACUUUUCAAGUCGCAGACAAGAAAGAUAAUGCUGAAGACCAAAUGGAACCAUCAACUUUCGCACCUGAUCUCAUCAAAUUAUUAGAGGAGUCUAUCUUAACUUUCCGUCUUUUCCUGAAGAAAGACAAGAAAAGGAGUAGUGUCCUCAUGAGCGUUCAUGGUCAUACUGGAAGUUCUAUCCAGCAAGUUCAAUCCUCUCUUGACAAGAAGGAGGUGAAGGUGAAAGAGCUAUUCAAGAAGAAAAAGGGAUGGAAGAACAAGACCUGGCCAACCACAAUGGAAGAAGUGCAGCUGCUGUUUGCCCUGACCGACAUCAAAGUUGUGUCGAGGGUCCUGAGAAUGGCGAAGCUCAGCAAGGAGCAGCUGCUGUGGUGCGAGGAGAAGAUGAGCAAGCUUGAUCUCUCUGACAACAAGCUGAGGCGGGAUGGAUCCCCUAUCCUUUUCCCCUGCUGAUGCAUUUUCCGUGCCAUCUCGUUAGGGUUUGUCCGUGCUAGCCUGGCUGCUUCCUGAGCUGAUACAUUGCCUACCUUAUGCUAUGUACAUUCCUUUAGAUCGAAACAUGUAUACUAAAAGUAAUAAUGCCUAAAAAGAUAUUGUUCUUACA